AAAAAAAGUGAUAACUACUGCAAAACGCGUUUUACUUAAAACACACUCUCAAUGACUUUUCCUUCUCCUUAUCGUUCUGUACACAUCUCUAUAAGUUUAUGGGUCUAAACUUUGCACUGUGAGUCAUCUCCUUUAGUCAACGUCGUUUCUUGUUCUUGACCUACACGUUUCGCAGGAGAUCAGAAACCUAGAAAAGAAACAACAAUGACUCAGUACAAUCAACCUCCCGUUGGUGUUCCUCCUCCUCAAGGUUAUCCACCAGAGGGGUAUCCACCGCAGGGAUAUCCGCCGCAAGGUUACCCACCGCAGGGCUACCCACAGCAAAGCUAUCCUCCUCCGUAUGCGCCGCAAUAUCCUCCACCACAGCAGAAUCAGCAGCCGCAUCAACAGAGCAGUACUACUGGGUGUCUACAAGGAUGGAUGAACAUGCUUACAUUCAAACAUUGAACUGGUACUGGUUAUAGACUACAUUGCAUAUUUAAAGCAAUUGAAUUUGGUAAGCAACACGGAGGUUUUUCACCCAGCUUCUUCUCAAUAAAAUAAUAACAACGUUUUUUUAUAAAAAGAAGAGAGAUGAUAGACACUUGAGAAACGAUUGUCAUAUAAAAAACUCUUUGACUUCUGUUGAAAAACUGUGUUACUAUGUACUCCCUUCGUUUGCAAGUGAUGUUUAGGAUUUUUGUUUUGUAUCAGUUUAAAUGAUAAAUGUAAUUUGAAAUUUAAAACCAUUUGUAUUUGGCAGUAUAAAUUUUUAUUGAUUGAAUUAGCUGUAGUUAUUGUUUUUUAUGCAAAUGGGAUAAAUUGAAUAAAAAUUAGUAAUUUAUGUGCAAAAACUUUAAUACCCAAUUAUUUUGAAACAAAAGGAAUAUCACUUAAAAUGGUUUAUAAAAAAUUAUUAUGUGAUUAGAUAUUAUCUCAUAUGUAUUAACUGAUGAUCAUUUAAAAGGUUGUAACUUUAAGUUUGUACUAAUUAAAAGAUAUCAUUCUUAGGUGUCACUUAAUUAGGAUGACAAUUUAGUUUACGUGUCAUCUUAAAAAUCAAUUGAAAAAAAUGUUGGUCCAAAUCCAAUUACUAUGGAACAUUAUAUUAACCCAAAAUAUAAGAA